CUCCUGAGGCAUCUUACCUGGGCUAAGGAGAAGAAGAACUGGACUGUUGGCCAUUGGUCCAAAGUCCUCUUUUCAGGACUUCCAAUCGAUCCUACAAUGGCUAGCCAAGGUACUAAAAGAAAACGAGAUCAUGACUCAUCUGACUCGAGUAUAGAGACAACACUGACAACAAAUAUGAUCAUAGAGAAUGCAAGGCAAAUUCUACAAAGAGUCACUAAAAGCUCAGACCUAAACGAUAAAGGCAGCAGGAAGAAGGCAACCAUAGGGAUUUUUGGAAAAUCAGGAGAAGGAAAGAGCUCCCUUUUAAGUGCAAUCUUGGGGAAACCGGAUCUUUUACCCUCUGGUUGUUUUGGUGCCUGUACAGCUGUUGUUACACAGGUGGAAGCCAAUCUGGAUGACUCUAAUUACAGAGCAGAGAUCGAGCUCUUCUCUAAAGAGGAGUGGAAGAAUGAGCUUAAAGAUGUUUUCAAAGAUAUAAAAGAUGAAAGUGAGGAAAGGAAUGAGGACUUGAUUGAAAUGGCUGUAGAAAAGAUCACUGCGCUGUAUGGAGAUGAUGCAGACAAGAAAACAUUAGAAGAGCUCCAGAAUGAUGAAACAUUUGCUAAGAUUGAAACAUUUUUGUCUAUCAGUAAGAAAAUAAUCUCAAGCAGUGAUCUCUCUGAAUUUACCAACAAAGUUGCAAGCUUCAUACAACACAGUGAGACAAGUUCUGGUGACUGGUACUGGCCGCUUGUGAAGAGCGUGACAAUCAAGAUACCAGACUGUCAUGGACUCCUGGAGCACAUUGUACUUCUUGAUCUUCCUGGUACUGGAGACUGCAAUCAGAUUAGAGAUGACCUGUGGAAAACUAAACUGAGAGAGUGCUCUUCUGUCUGGAUUGUAAGCGCCAUCAAUCGAGCGAUCACUGACAGAGACCCCUGGGGGAUAUUAAAGCACUGCAUUGAAGAACUGGGACCAGGAGGAAAAUGCAAAAGCAUUAACUUCAUCUGUACAAAGACUGAUGAUAUAAAUCCAGCAGCAUAUAUAAGAUCUGCACGGCUUCCAAGAGACCAAAUCCCAGAAGACAAGAAUCAGAAAAAAACAUGCAUACUUCAUAGAAAUAACCAUGCCAAGACAAGGGUCAAAGAAAAGUUUGAAAAUUCUGAAAUCAAGAAAAUAUUCAACACUGACAGUCAGUUUCAAGUUUUUACUGUGAGUUCCAAUGCAUUCUUUGACCACAAUUUCAAUCUGGAAUCAAGUGAAACAGAAAUUCCAAAGCUACAGGAUGAUCUGAUGAAUUUUAACAAGAGCAUUAAUAUAGAUUUGACCAGAGAUUAUGUCAAUAAAGCAAAGGGAGUUUUGUCCUUGAUCCAAAGCGGCCAGCUGGAUAACGACAAGAAAAUGAUUGAAAUGAAAGUCAACGAAUUUAAGAACAACCUAAAGGAGUCACUAAUUGAACUGGACAAAUAUUUUAGAAGCAUUUAUAAAGAUCUGGAGCAGCAUCUCUCAAAGGGAGUGGAAGAAUCAGUGAACUCAUGUGUUGCCUCCACAAAGAAAUUGAUCGCAUCUAAUAAAGAUGGAAGAGGGUUCCAUAAAAUCCUUGGAGCUUUGUGCAAGAACUACGGAUGCUAUUGGUCAAAGAAUUGGGAUGUAGUUCUAGACCUGAACAAAUCAUUGGCCAAACAUUUGCACAAAAACAUUUAUGAUGAUUUCUGUACGAUUUUUCCUGUGACUGGAAAAACAGGGAAGUCAGUGCAGGAACAGAUUGACAAGUUCAGUAUCAUCCAGAGUGACUCUGUUUACACCAGCUCUGACAUACUUCAUUACAUUCAGGACUUCAUCAUAAUCGAGGAAACCAAACUGAAGGCUGCACUCAACAGAGACAUUGUUGACCAGAAAAAGGACAUCUACACAUCAAUACAAAUAACAAUGGUGCAUGAAAUGGCUUUAUGCUAUCGGCAAGCUGCAGCUGUGAGAGGAACAGGAUCCAUGAAGAAAAUGCAAGACCUGUUAAUAAACACAGUCGAUCAGAAAAAAGGAGCCAUGUUCGAAAAAGCAAAAAUGGAAGUGCUUAAAAAGUUCAAUAACUUAAAGCUGGACAUAAAAAGUACUCUUGAAAAAGAACUAGAGAAAGCAAUAGAACAAUCAGAAUCACAAAACAGCAAAAAGACACGGAUGGGUAAGAAUGUACUCCUACUUCACCACAGAAAUAAGUAUAAAGGGGUCAAAUGAUGUGAUUUAAAUGUUUCCUUUCUCUUUGGAGUGUUACAAGCUCUUGGUACAUAAAGAAGAUCUGUAAAGUUGCAAAGACUAAAGUCUCAAAUCCAAAGAAGUAUUCUUUAUAAAAGUUAAGACUCUGCCACGACCUUCUUUAAAUGACUUGUUUAAACACUCCCCCACAUGUCUAUGUCACAAUGUGGGAAGAUUUGCAUAA